CGCGAUUGGUCGACAUUUCGAUUCGAUCUGUAACCUAUAAUUCGAUGUGUAAACCGUGUCUUCGGUUUGCCUUUUUAGGUUAAGUUAUUUUAUAUCUGUAAAUUUGGAAAAAACAGUUGUGAGAUUGAUGCGCUAACAAUGACAUCGCUUCUAAAGACGAUUAACGGACUUCAACUUUUUAACAAAUGCCUAAAACAAAGUAUCGACAUGAUAUCUGUCCCAAAACGGGACGCAAAAAAAUAUAUACCUAAACCUAGAUACCGUCAUCCAGAGUGGCUUCCAAAACAAGAACGUGUUUUGUACAAUGAGCGGCUAACAGAAGAUAAUAAGCAGUUUCUUGACGAAGUGGUUCAAGAUAAACAUGGCUCGUCCACUAUCGGAUUUGGAAUGAAACUUUCUCCUUUGAAAAUAGAUCCGAUCGAGCCUACUGUAGAGUGGAAGAAAUAUAUGCAACGUACUGGUUUAAUUGCCAAGAAAAUAGGGGUCUAUCCGUUAUGGUUGAAAAAUGGAAAGAAGGUCACGUCGACGUUGCUUCAGGUUGUCGAUAACGAAGUGGUAAAAUACAUACCGCCGGAGAAAUAUUUUCCAAUAAAAAGCCGUGUACUCACAAGACAAGUCAAAAAGAAACGCGGAUGUCUCGUAGUAGGGGCAGAAAAUAUAGAUCCGCAAAUAAUUACUAAAGAAUAUUACGGUAUUUUUAACGAUGCUGGAGUUAUGCCAAAACGUGUACUAAGGAGAUUUAUAAUAUCACCGGAAGCAGCAUUACAACCAGGAACUCCUUUAUUCGCCACACAUUUUAAACCAGGGGAAGUCGUCGAUAUCCGUGCGAAAACGAUUGAUCGAGGAUUCCAAGGUGUCAUGAAACGAUGGGGCUUUCAUGGGAUGCCUGCCAGUCACGGCGUGACCAAAACUCACAGACGACCUGGAAACAUCGGGUCAGGUGGAGGGAAAGCCCGAGUCAUGCCUGGCACUAAAAUGCCUGGACACAUGGGUAAUAGGUGGCGUGUUAUCAGAGGUGUUCGAGUAAGUAAAUUUAAACCUCUAAUA